AAAGUUCAUUAACUUCACUUAUAAACUUAAUAACACGGCUAAAGUAACUUUUGUGGGUUUUCGGAUUUAACCCGUUGGACUGGUGUAUUGCUCUUCUUCUGCUUUACUUUGCUACACUGCUCAGUAGCUGUGUUUGAGAAUUGAGACAGAAGAAGAAUCAAGCAAAGCAUAAUAAUAAAAAGAAGGAAAUGGAGAAAGGAAAGAGACAAGUCGUUGUUUCAGCUUUGCAAUUCGCUUGCACCGAUGACGUCCCCACCAAUCUCGCCACUGCCGAAAGGCUGGUUAGGGCUGCUCAUGGAAAGGGAGCAAAUAUCAUUCUUAUUCAGGAACUAUUUGAGGGUUAUUACUUUUGUCAAGCACAAAGGGAGGAUUUCUUUCAGCGAGCUAAGCCUUAUCAGGAUCACCCUACCAUUCAGAGGAUGCAGGAACUUGCAAAAGAAUUGGGUGUGGUAAUACCAGUUAGCUUCUUCGAAGAGGCAAACAAUGCCCAUUUCAAUUCUGUAGCUAUCAUUGAUGCUGAUGGGUCUGAUCUUGGACUCUACAGGAAAUCUCAUAUCCCCGAUGGACCAGGAUACCAGGAAAAGUUCUACUUUAAUCCAGGAGAUACAGGCUUUAAGGUGUUCCAGACUAAAUUUGCUAAGAUUGGCAUUGCGAUAUGUUGGGAUCAGUGGUUUCCAGAGGCAGCCCGUGCUAUGGUUUUGCAAGGUGCUGAGAUAUUGUUUUACCCUACCGCUAUUGGCUCUGAACCACAAGAUGAAGGACUUGAUUCUUGUGAUCAUUGGCGGCGAGUGAUGCAAGGGCAUGCUGGGGCAAAUGUGGUACCUCUUGUAGCUUCGAACCGCACUGGGAAGGAAAUAAUUGAGACGGAGCAUGGAAAUAGUGAGAUUACGUUCUAUGGGAAUUCCUUUAUAGCAGGACCAACUGGGGAACUUGUUGCUGCUGCUAAUGACAAAGAGGAAGCAGUUCUUAUCGCACAGUUUGAUCUUGAUAAAAUCAAAUCCAAGAGAAGUAGCUGGGGCGUGUUUCGCGAUCGACGCCCUGAUUUAUACAAGGUGCUUCUGACAUUAGAUGGCAGCAAGCCAUCAUCAUGAUUGAGAUCCCCCUUUCUUAUCACUCUGUCGUUUUAUAAGGGACAAUCAGUGAGAGUUCCUUUCACAGCCAUGUCUCAUUUUAAGAGUGGAAAGAACACAAUAUGAUGAAAUUUCAGUAGUUCAUGCUCAGUUCGUUUACACAUUAUUUUCUUCUUCUUCCCUGUACCUACCCCUCGGCUAGAACAUCGCCGCCUCACCUGGCAAGGGCAGAAAUCGGACCCUUUCUUUGUUUAGCAAAGCAGCAAUAUCAGGAUAUUGGUUAGUUACUGGUGGUCCCGAGCUAUCCAUUAGAGGAUACGAACUUGUAAGGUUUGCCUAGCGGACCAUUUAUUGUAGCGUCGAAGUGGAUCUCAUGAAUCCUCAAAUUCUGUCUGCUGGUCAUUCAUCAAAGAUAAAACGUGUAAAUUGAGAUUGUUCUCAAAUUUCUCAUCUUCCCGGAAACGAUGUGACGGAUCAUUGUUUUAUAAUAAUUCAAGUUCAUCUAUGCUAGUUGGAUAGAUUAUAAUUAUGGGUUCAUUUCAACUUAGCUUCAAUAAAACUAUGGACUUGAGGUUUGAGUGUGAUUAUGGAAAUAUUUUCCAUGAUGCUUAAAUCCAUUCUAA